AAGUGUCGGGACUGCGGGAAACUACUCUGCGAGAAAAGGAGCAGUGACGUCGGGGGACAGACAGAAGAAGGGGACCGGAAGGUGUGACUACUUUCGCACUGGGUUUUUUUUUUUUUUUUUAAAUAUAUAUUUAUAUAUAUAAAGACAGCUUUUCAGUUUUCGGUUGAAGAAACAGGCCUUUUGAGAUGGGCGACAAAGCGGGGACCAGAGUCUUUAAGAAGUCCAGCCCCAACUGCAAGCUUACAGUCUACUUGGGCAAAAGGGACUUUGUGGAUCAUCUAGAUCAUGUGGAUCCAGUUGAUGGAGUACUUUUGGUCGACCCAGAAUACCUUAAAGACAGAAAAGUGUUUGUGACACUGACGUGUGCAUUUCGGUAUGGCCGAGAGGACCUGGAUGUUUUGGGAUUGUCCUUCAGAAAGGACCUUUACAUCUCCACCUUCCAGGCUUUUCCUCCACUGCCUGAGGAGCGCAAACCCCUAAGCCGUCUGCAGGAGCGCCUGCUCAAAAAGCUAGGCCAGCAAGCACACCCCUUCAACUUCACUAUUCCUCAAAAUCUUCCUUGUUCCGUCACUUUACAGCCAGGACCAGAGGACACAGGCAAGGCAUGUGGUGUAGAUUUUGAGAUCAGAGCUUUCUGUGCCAAAACAGUGGAGGAGAAGAUUCACAAGAGAAACUCUGUGCGGCUGGUGAUCCGUAAGGUGCAGUAUGCUCCAGAGAAGCCAGGACCACAGCCUAUGGUGGAGACCACACGCAGCUUCCUCAUGUCUGACCGCUCACUCCACCUGGAGGCUUCUCUCGACAAAGAGCUCUACUACCAUGGAGAACCCAUCAGCGUCAAUGUCCACGUCACCAAUAACUCCACCAAAACUGUCAAGCGAAUCAAAAUUUCAGUGCGACAGUAUGCUGAUAUCUGUCUGUUCAGUACUGCACAGUACAAAUGCCCCGUGGCUCAGGUAGAAGCCGAUGAUCAGGUGUCAUCCAGCUCCACGUUCUGUAAGGUGUACACACUCACCCCAACGCUGACCAACAACCGAGAGAAGAGAGGUCUAGCACUGGACGGCAAGCUCAAGCACGAGGACACAAACUUGGCCUCCAGUACUAUUGUGAAGGAUGCCUCCAAUAAAGAGGUUCUGGGUAUCCUGGUGUCCUACAGAGUUAAAGUUAAACUGGUUGUCUCUCGUGGAGGUGAUGUGGCAGUAGAGCUUCCCUUUGUUCUGAUGCACCCUAAGCCCUCUGUCAAUGAUGACUCAAGACCACAGUCAACUGUGCCAGAGACGGACGCUCCUGUGGACACUAACCUGAUAGAGUUCGAGACAAAUAACUUCUCUCAGGAUGACGACUUUGUGUUUGAGGACUUUGCACGGCUGAGGCUGAAGGGAAUGAAAGAUGAUAAAGAUGAGGAUGACCACUUCUGCUAACCCUGUGUGGAGAGAGGGAGCUGGAUUGAAGGGGCUCUGAGUGUCAGUACUACUUCACCACCAUUCCACUGGGCCAAUCUGAAAGAGCAGGACGCUCAUCUGAGCACCUUGUCUCCAUUAUUCUAAACAUUUUUUGUCCCUUGCCCCUCUCCCUGUACCAUUGCCUAUGUGAUGCUGUUGUCUUUAGUUUUUAAGUAAAGGAGCUAAUUUGUUCUUUUGAAACCCUGUGAGAAAGGCAAGCUAUGAUGCUAAAUUAAACUGGUCAGGAAGGUCUAUAAACUAUCAUUGAACAGAGGAUCCAUUAAUUCAGGGAUGUCUUUUUAUCUAGUUUAUACCCCCUCCCCUUCCCAACAGCAAAUUGAGUGGCCAUAACUAGCUUUGUAAUAAUAUUGUAAUAACAGGUAAAAUGUUACUUAUAGGGAACAUGAACUUGAUAAUUUUAUUUCUUUCUCACAUUCAGUGUAGACCACAGAGAUACUUUUUCGUUUAAUGUUUUAGCGUAUAAUUUUAUAGUUAUGUAAACCAUAUACAUAUCGCAUCAACAUGACAUGACAACGUGACAACAUACACAUCGCAUCAAGAAAUGACCGUGUGAAUAGGAGAGCACUCAAUAGUCAGCCAUUAGUUAUGGCACCUUCGUGUGAAUUGGGCAUUGUAACUGUUGCCUCCUGAAAGUAAGUGUGUGUGUGUGUGUGUGUGUUUUUAAAUAAACACAGACAGACAGUGAAAGCUCUGCUUCCUGAGGCUUAUUGCUGUUCCAUGCAGCACAGUUAACCCAUCAUCUGGAGCUGCUAUGUGUGGUGAAGCUUCUCUACUUUUAAAUUGCCAAAAUUGAGCACCUAAUUGAGUUUGUUGUUCAGGUGUCAUUUGUAGCUGCUUCUUUACCUUUUUUCAAAUUGAUUUAGUGCCAAUCCCUCAAUUUAAUCUCAGCCCAGUAAAGAGUGCCAGAUUUUGAUUUUUUUUUAAGAUUUCAAUGUUUUAAUAUUUAACCUACUGAUUAAAAGCACUUUUUUUUUAUUAUUUCUGUUGGGAUUCAUUGUCUGUGAAGACGAACUUUUACACAGGUGUAAUCACAUGCUGACUCUUCUGCUCCACCUUGUGUCUAAUAGAAAUGCUCUGCUGUGUUUUUAAGCAACAAGCAUCAUUCUCCAAUUCCUGCUCAGCUGUGUACUCACCCAUGAUCAACUAUUAACCAGCAUCUAUUAUUGAUUACUAUUUUUAUAUAUAACCUCCAUUAUUAUUGUUCGUUACACUCUCUUUAGUUGAAAAAAUAUUUUCACUGAAGACAUGACCACUGCUAAUGAAUCUUAACUCCACAUAUGCUUUGUUUUCAGUUUUGCUCUUCAAACGUUUUCUUGUUUGAGGAAGUGAGAAACUACUGAGUUGACCACUUAUUAUUCUGUUAUAUUCUUGAAAAUUUUAAAAUAGUUUUUUUUUUUUGUUUGUUUGUUUGUUUGUUUUUUGUUGAAUGUUUCAUUUAAGAAAAAAACAUCAUUAAACUAAACAGAAAUUCCAUGAUGUAUGCCCCAUUUUGCUUAGAGCAGAGCAGGUCACAGAAAUCAUGUACAUGAGUGUCCAUUAUGGCCUGUUAUGUUAUAUUGUGUUAUGUUGUGGUUUUGCCUCCAGACCUGUUCAGUGUUGUGUGAAUUAUUUUCUUCAUUCGUUAGUUCAGCCAACAACACGACAGGAACCUACUUGUGUAACCUCAUUUUGAAAAGAUUUUUCAAGCUUUUUAGGACUUGUUUUUUAACAGAUGUCACAGGAUGGUGCUGUACAGAAUAAAAUAAACAGAAAGUUAAAGAUCGGGAGAAGAAUGUUUCUUUACCAGACUCGAGCCAAAAUCUAGGGCUACACAAUUUCUAUUGAGAUUUCGAGAAGAGUUAGUGGAUCUAAGGAAAUAAGCUCCAGGUCACAUAAGAGCACACUGUAUGUCACACAAUGUUAUUUAUAGACACAAUAGGAGUUGAAAUAUGCCAUGAAAAACAAAUGAUUGAUUCAUGUAAUGUUUGCAUAUGUGUAAAUUUUGUUGAUUGUCUGCUGUCAAAUUUUCAAGGCUUUUUAAUUUUAUCAUAUGUUAUAAAAUGGCAGGGAGAAUAUUAUCAGAUGGUCGAAAAUCUUUGUCCUUAUGUGAGUGCUUUGCUAGAAUGCCAUGCAUGCAUUCAAAGGCAGCAGUAGACUUUGGGAACGUUGUGUUCUUGUGAUAGAGCGUGCUCUUAGACCAUCUUCAUGUAAAACUUUUUUCUUUUUUUUUUUUUCUUU